CGGAGCUUUACGUAACACAGUGGAGGAAAACCGCUGGGGGAAGCACCGGCGACCACCAGGGGACUGAGUAUUACAUGUAGGCUACUGGACAGGACAGAGCGCACAUCGCACAGGGACUAGAGACCAGGAUAAGGAUUUAUACUGAGAGACAGCAGGAACUUUAUUAUUGAGCACGGCCCUCCAUCCUCUCUUUCCUUGCUGGCAACCCAUAAGUGACCUCUGACGGGAAAAGUGGCACAGGGGAAAGGGAAAUUGCCAUUUAAAAAAGCCUCUGGGUAUUGAGUGGCCUGCGUCAUGGCAGCUAUUGAUCUGCAGCGUGGGCUGGAACACAGCGGCCGAGGUUGGGGGCAAGAGAGGCCAGAGCUAAUGGACAGCUUUGACUCUGAGAUGCAGGAGUGGGAGGACCAGCUGCAGGACAUGCAGAGAAAAAUAGAGGAGCUCUACAAUGAAGUCCAGGCCCGCAGAGGAGGAAACGAUGUCACUAUCGACAAUCGGAAAAAUGGUCGGGAGAUGGAGUAUGGCCUGGGGCACCAUGGCAAUGGCUUUUUUGAUGUGCCUGACCACCGUAGAAAGGACCACCCUGUAGCGGUUCCUGUGCCAAAUCACCAUAGUAAUGGCUGUAACUACAGCCCCAAUGGCUAUGGCUACCCUGUUAGUCAGCACAAUGGCUAUGGUUAUUGCCACACCAAUGGAGUGUCAGAGAUUGGAGAUUUAUUGCAGGAUUAUUUGGGGCAAGGGAAACAAGUGAGCCGGAAGAACAACGGAGUUCGCCAUGUGCACUUCAGUGACACAGUUAAGGUGAGCCAGGAUCUCCCUGCAUACCAGGAUGACAUAAAAAGAGGCUUUGGAAAUGAAAGGUUUGGUCAAGAGCAGUUUCUGGGAAAUUUUGAGGAAACCGAAAACAGGAAGAAUCGAGUGUCACACAUGAAGAGCUCCCCCUGCAAAGAAAGUUCCCCCAACAAAGAAAGCACAGGUGCCAAGCCCCCUCUUAGACAGAGAGAUGCCCCUGCUGUACCACCACGUUCAACCUCCCAGCUCCCAAGUGUGUGUCCUGACUCCCCCGCUCUGGACAGGAAGACUUUCACACCAGGUGUCCUUGUAGAUAGAAAGUGCAGCAGCCCCUCUGUGCUCAGGAAGUUUGGUGCCAUGCUCCAGGAAAACGAGGGCAAAAUGCUCACUGAAACAGGGGUAGUGACCCAUCAAGGAGCGGCCCCAGAGCCCAAGUGUCCCACCCCAAGCUGUCAGCGCAGGGCUCUGGGAGCCACCACAGCCGCCGGCAGGGCGCCCAUGCGCGUGUCGGCCCAGAAAUGCCAGGCAGAUUCCGACGUGCUGACAGGAGAGAUGGAGCCCGGCCAAGAGUGGGGGUUAGCAACAGACUCUGCCAGACAAAGCCACAUGGAUCAGCGCGGUGGCUAUGGCAGCUCUAAAGGACCCCUAGCGAGUCCCCAGCAGUCACAGAGGAGGGUCCAGGUGGCGGGAAGCCCCAAGCUGAGACCCAGAACUAACAGCGGGGCAGAGAGAGACAUAGGGCACGGUCAAGGGGAGAGGACCAGGAGGCCCCAGUUUGUGGAGCCCAGAAUGGACUACAGGAUUUCAAGUGGUUCCUCUGGCACUCAGAAGAUCCAGAGGCUUGGGUUGCCAGGUCAGUCAGAAUUGCCAAGUUGUGGUCGAGGGAGAGAUGAAGGACUUAUUGAACUGCUGGAUAUGCUGGAGAUCCAGCACGAAUACAGCUGCAGUCCCAGAGGUGGACAUACACCUUGCAGACAGGAUGUACAGCAGGAGCGGUCCCCAGCAGUGCCUAGGAAGAGCUUUUCUCGCCCUGCCCGGCCAGCCAACCAGCGACCUCCUUCCAGAUGGGCAAGCCACACCCCUACUGCCAGGAUUACUGCCCCGUCAGGCCCAAUGUACCGCUCCCCAAGUCCCCUGUCCCGUCCCCCUAGCCCCAUGGCACGAACCCCAAGUCCUGCCCUCAAGCACCAGUCUCCCAUUUCCUAUUUGCUUCACACUGAGACUGUCAUUAUGUGAUCGUUUUCCCUUUCACUAAUACCUGCUCCCAUCAUCACCCCGGGAAAGCCCUCGUGUGUUCUCCAAGUCACCCUCCCUCUAUGUAAAUAGGACUGGUCUUUAAAACUAAGUGCUUUAAGAGAUUUUUCUAAAAAGUGCAUCGCUUUCAUCUACAUGCUCAGUGUUCAAGAAAAAAAAAAUCUCCCUCUCCUGUGCCAAAACCUUGUCACCA